GCAUGUUACCAUCUUCACUUCGUUUGUUAGUUCUGAAAAGACAUAUAAAUCUUCAUAGAAAGACUUGUUUUGGUAAGGGUGAUAAUGGAUUCAGCAUGACAGUUGCACCUUCUGUCGGUAUGAUUGAUGAAAAAGUUAGAAUUCUACUAUGCGGACUUGAUGCCAAGCAAAUCGUGACACUUAUUGCAGAUGUAACAGAAAACGGAAUGAAGUUCGAAUCCCGUUGUGUUUAUCAAGCCGAUACAAAUGGAAAUGUAGACAACUUUACUGACGAGUCCAUUGGUGGUAGCUUUGUAGGAAUAGAACCUAUGGGUUUAUUUUGGAGUCUAAAAUGUAUCUCCGGACCCCAACGAUCUGCUCGACUGGUAAAGAAAGACGUGUGUACGCCAAUGAUCUUCGAUAUAAGGGUGUUUGCCGGGACACAAACUGGCUCUAACAUUUCUGUUCCACCUUUGGUUUUGACCAGAUUACAGAGACUAUACAAACAUCCAGGCGUGAGGAGAAUACCCCUAACAGGGAGAUUCAAGGGAACAAUUUUUCUACCAGAAGGAGACGGGCCUUUCCCAGGUUUAAUUGACAUGUUUGGAGGUAUUGUCAGUUUAAUUGAGACACGAGCCGCUCUUCUAGCAUCGCAUGGAUACGCUACCAUGGCAUUAUCGUACUUAUACGGAGAGGGACUUCCACAAAUGCUUAUGAGUACCGAUUUUAGCUAUAUAAAGGAAGCGUGUGAGUGGUUUAUGGAACAAGAUUUCAUUGACAAAAGUCGUCUUGGUGCGGUCGGAUUGUGUUUUGGAGGCUUUCUUUCGCUCGCUUUGGCAUCUGUAUUGCCUCAGAUUCGAGGCGUGGUGAAUGUAAAUGGCGUUACAGUGACAGCUGAAGAAAACUGCAUUGUUUGUGAAUCACCGGCUUGGCUUAAGAAGGAGAAAGUAUACAAUACUGACGAAGGAAUAGUUAUAGCAGACGUUUAUGACUGUGAUAAUCCUCGGACUGCCUGGCAACAUGGUGCAAAGAUUUUAGUGAUUGUGGGCGAAGAUGACAAACAGGUUCAUCCAAAGUGGCACACAUUUUUCUACGAGCAAUGUCCUUCUCAAUUCAAACAAAAUAUCCACAUCCACCGAUAUCCGGGAGCCGGGCAUAUGAUCGAGCCUCCAUACUCGCCACACUCAAGGGUGGUCACUCCAGGACGGAAACGAAUGAAAUCAAUUAAUUUUAUUUCAGAAAAAUUCUAUGAUGCAGAUAUGGUUGUAGGCGGAUGGCCUGAUAAACACGCAUUUGCUCAGGAAGAUUCUUGGAAUAAAAUAUUGACAUUUUUAGAACAAAAUGUGAAAAACCCAAGCUGAAAGACCAGAAUGAUGCCGACAAAACAUGCUUCAUUACGCUGUGUGUAUGAAAUCCAAAUGACCUUGAAGCGCCACGGAGAAGUCAUGUUAUAUAUUGAAAUUGUAAAUACUUUUGUAACAACUGGUUGUAAACUUCACAGAACCAAGAGCUCCGACUUCUUCCACCUGACCUUGUGCCCGCGCGCGUUCUUUUAUCGGUCUAGAGAAAGAAUAUAGCCUCGCUUAAGAUAUCCACUAUAUGAUAAAAUAUGCACAUAAUAUAAUAAUUCAUGCACAUAUUGACAUAAGAUGUCUAUACGAGAUUAUCUACAUAAUAUAAUAAAGUACAAAAUCACAUUUUAACAUAGCUCGAUUUUUGUCAAUUAAGGAAUCGAAGGAGAAAAGCAAACGUUGUAUAUUCUGCGAUAAACAACGGUCUACGCGCGAACCUGUGAGUGGAAAUUAUGACAUUAAUUAUGACGUCAAUAGUCGCAUGACUUCAAGUGCAUUACUAACCAGAUGAAUGAAGUUCAGCACAAGUUUUAUCAUGUUUUGAGGAUGAAAAUAAUCAACGCCUUCUUGUGAUUUAUAUUCUGAUUUACCAUGGUCCGUCGUUCAGAUCCCAGAUGUACAGUUUCGUUUGUAAAGCAAUGGUCCUUUCAUGUUUAGUUACUUAAGCUUACACUUUGAUGUGUGUGUGUCGAACUUCUCGAGCAUAUUGUUCAAUAUGUUACUAUUUCUGAAUCUCAUAUCUCCAAAGCCGAGAUGAUGAAAGUCGAAAACACGAUGGCGAAAGUCGAAAUCACGAUAGUGAAAACUCGAAACUAUGAUGGUGAAAGUCGAACUCACGAAACCACGAUGAUAAAAACACGCUUUUAUUUCACGUUUUCACCAUCGUGAUUUCCUGAUUUUAUCAUCGUGCUUUCGACUUUCGACAUUCGUCAUCGUAAUUUCGACUUUCGACAUCGUAGUUUCGACUUUCAUCAUCGUGGUUUUGACGUUCACCAUCGUAGUUUCGUGAUUUCGAAAGGUAUGGGGUUCAGGAAAAGAGUAGUCGAAACUAGUUUCGUGAUUUCGAAAGGUAUGGGGUUCAGGAACAGUAGUCGAAACUACGAUGAUGAAAGUCAAAACUACGAUGAUGAAAGUCGAAAGUUCGAUGGUGAAUGUCGAAACCACGAUCGUAAAUACAUGAAACCACGAUAGAGAAAAUGCGAAAUGAUAUCGCGUUUUCAACAUCGUGGUUUCGUGAUUUCGACUUUUACCAUCGUAGUUUCGUGACUUCGAGUUUCAUCAUUGUGGUUUAUACUUACAUCAUCGUAGUUUCGUGAUUUCGACUUUCGAGGUAUGGGGUUCAGGAAUAAAAAAUCGCGAUGAACACCGUAUUGAAUAUAUCAUACAGUUUUGUCACGCAGUCGAAAAAGAGCAUUGUCGGACAAGAUCGACAAAAUUGUAUUGUGUUUGUGUCACUUUGAAAUUUGACUUAUGAGGUCAUUUAAUUUAUAUCUUUUGUAAGGAAAAUACUAAUAGAUAAAUCUAUAAAAACAAACUUUAGAAGCAAAAGACAACAGGCUCGGUUUGAUCAAGUCUGUUACAUAACUAAUAUAAUGUCAUCGAACAAGUAAGUCCGUUUUACAUAUACGAACCGGAAACGAGUCCGAACCGAAGCAGUAUGCCACAUUUCGCACUUGACACACUUGGUCUUUCUUACCCUUUUCAGUACCCGUACUAGGAUUCAGUUCUUGAAUGUUUUCGUUCCUGUUUCGUUUCCAUUUUUAUUUCUGUUUCCGCGAAUCUCUACAAACUUCGAUUCGGUUUUCUUUCGGUUUCGGUGUAUAUGUAAAAUGGUCUUAAUUUGUAUCGGAACUAAGAAUUCAAAUGGGAAAGACACCAAACAAACGCAAAGUUUACACCAGAAAUACAUUUAUUCAGAAUAGUCUGUUCACAUAAAAUCGAAAAAGUGUAACUUUUUGGCGUGUUUCUGUACUGGUGGCCCUUCGUGUCAUUGCCAAAGUUUAAGCAGAGGCGGGGGCGGCUUCCUCACAAGCCGGGUUGUUUUCCCACUCAGCAACACCUUCUGGAGCACCGGUGAAUUCUACACCAUCCUCACACU